AUCCGAGUUUACGUAUCGAUUUUCUGACAAAUCGUCGCUUUAUGUAAUGUUUGUUCGCCAUUAGUGUAAUAUUUGUGAGCCUUGAAAAAUAAAUUGCAUCCAUCAAAAAAGUAUGGUACUAUCAUAUUUUGACUUAUUCACUUCUCCAUUGGCGUUGCUUCUGGUUUGAUCUGAAAACUAAAGUAGAUUUUUAAAAAAUGAUUAAAGCCAAUAAAUUUAGGAAAAGGAGAAUUGCAGAUCGCUCAAAAGUAAACAGACCCAUACAAGACAUACCAGAUUAUAAACUUGAAAGAUGUAUUGCACUGCUUAAAGAGUAUUCUCAAGGUUCAACACUCCAUGGCGUGCAGCAUAUUUUUAGAGAUAGUGAGACAACAUUACACAGAGUUAUUUGGUCUUCGCUGUUUUUGCUAUGUUUCUCAGGAGCAACAUACAUGACAUUUAAUUGUUGGGAGAACUAUGUAAAUUAUCCAAUAGCAAUAUCUGUCGAAGACACCCACUAUCCUCUUGCUGACGUCCUGUUCCCAGCAGUUUCUAUUUGCCCCACUAAUAAAAUUUUGAUUUCCCAAGCAAUUUCUUACCUUUCCAGUCGUAUACAGCCUGAGAUACUUAAUGAUACUCAAAUUUUUGAUUUUUUAACAUCGCUUAUUUUACUACAACAUCCUGUUUAUUCUCAAAUGGCACAUUAUUUACAAAACAGCCAGGCAUUGUUGCCAUUACUGUCUAACAUCAAUAUAUCAGAACUUAUGUACAAGUCUAUGCCAUCGUGUGAGGAAAUUUUUAUCACUUGCUAUUGGCAGGGAAUUAGGAAAAACUGUUGCAAAGAUUUGUUCUUCUUUCAAAAAAGUGAAGAAGGCUUUUGCUAUUCUUUCAACUCACUUACAUCUCAAAAGUUUGGAGAUUGUUCAUACCUUGAUCUCAAGAAACCUGGUUGUAAAAUUCGAUCUAGUUCAAGUGUCGGACCAACUACAGGACUUGAGAUAUUUUUUAAAGUAUUAGAUCCUAACAAGUACAAAUCAAUUGAACUUUCUGGUGGUCCAAAAUUAAAGGUUGAAAUUCACAAUCCGAUCGAAUAUCCGGAGGCAGGGAUAGGAUCUAUGAUGCCCAUAGGGAAACUCAAUAAAAUGAGCGUGGCAGUGAAGCCCACAAUCAUCAUGAGUACAGACGGUAUCAGAUCACUGAAACAGGAAGACAGGGGAUGCAUAUUUAAAGACGAAAAAACCCCAUUAAUGGCAUUGACAUAUUCUCAAAAAUCAUGCCUGAUUGAAUGCCGAGUAAAUUUUAUGAUAAAAAUGUGUCAAUGUGUCCCGUAUUAUUUUUACAGAGAUGAAACUUACCCAGUUUGCAAUUCAGUUCAACUUUACUGUAUCCUAAAUAUUUCAGGCAAAUAUAUUGCUGUUAAUUUUUUUUUUUCUUUUAAAGAAAGCCUCAGAUUUUACAAACCCCCAAACUCUGUUGUUGAAGAUUUUCAUCCAGCAGAAUCCAAGAACACACUUGAUUGUCACCACUGCCUCCCAACUUGCAAUGAAGUAAAUUAUGAUGCCAUUACAGAGUUAUCUAAAGAUCAAUUUGCAAAACGUGUACAGCAAGGGUACAUUGAUGUAUUCUAUAAAAGCUCAGGCGCAGUCAAAUACAAGCGUGAUAUCACCUAUGACCUUAUCAAGCUCAUUGUGGAUAUGGGAGCGAUUGGUGGACUCUUCCUUGGUGGAAGUCUUUUGAGCAUUUUAGAAAUUAUAUAUUGGCUUUCAAAAUCCCUUAUAUCAAUAAGAUGGUCAUUGAAACAUGAUAAUAUACGACAGCAAGAUCCAAAGAAAAUAUUUAAUCCAGCUUUAUUGUUAAUUGAUAAUCAAACAUUUUUCAAUAAAAAAAUCAUUGUAACUAAAUUGAACACUCGGAGAUUUUAA